UUUAUUAAAAAAAAAACAAAGUAAUUUGAUCGUGGAGAGUACAAGAAAGCUUUGAUUUAAUCUAUGAACAUUUGAAUCUCUUGAAAUUUAGUAAUUUAUAAAUUGAAAAAAAACCCAUAGUUAUUAUCAAAGAAUUAAUAAAAUAAUAAGCAGGAAAAACUACGAAGGCUAUAAUAUAUUGUCAAUACAACAGGAAGAAACUCACAGGGCCAUCAAUAGCUUGGAUAUCCUUCGAGAAUAUACGCUUGGAUUCAUCACCUCAACUCUUCUUUAAAACCAUCUUCUUCAAAUUGAUGCAACUCAAAUUUUGGACACUUGUUUCUAUUUUUCCUCACAGUUUCUGUUACUUUAAAUAAGAUUUGAACCAGCAUUAUAUGAUCAAAGCUUUGUUUUUGUUGCAGAGAAAAAAAAAGAACAUUGGAUUUGAUUCAUGCAUACCAUGUGUUUGUGAAUAUUUCUGAAUAAAUUUUGUGCUUGAAUUUAUUAUUUGCAAAAAUAGCUUGUGCAAAAGGUUUCAAAACAAAAAGAAAACAUGACAAAAGAAGCUGAGAGAGUGGUGGUGAUCCUGGAUGGGUCGAAGGAGCUAAAUCCAAGCAUUAUCAAAUGGCCCCUCUUUGGCUUAUCACUUAAGCCUGGAGACAAGCUUUUGGUCCUUGGAAUUCUUCACCAGGUUAUUAAUCCUAGUACGUUUUCUUUCAUGGGAGCUGGAAAACUCAUGGGGUUUAAAUCCAAGGUGGAUACAAGUUCAAUUUUUGGAACAAACAGAAGGAUCACGGUAGAAGAAAUGGGGAAAAAGUUAGAACAGUACAAUAAGGAUGCUGCGCUUGUGAAAAUAUCCGAACAGUACAAAAAGGAGCAGAUAGAAUUCCAGGUAAAGAUUUUAGCAGGUUAUCCAUUAAAGGAUGUUGCUGCAAGAGCUGUGAAAAGUUUUGGUGCUACAUGGUUGGUACUCGACAGGCAUAUGAAGAAUGACCAGAGGUACUUUGUAGAGAACCUGUCAUGUAAUAUAGUAAGGUUGAAGAAAGAUUGCAAUGCUGAAGAAUUAAGAGGACCAAAUGUAAAGGAUAAUUUCAAACUGCCGCAAUGUCACAUACCGUAUGCCGAAAUGAUUCCCGCGAUUGGCCCCCAAAGACUGCAUUCUCCUCAAAGUAAGUUAUUUGGAAUGCAAUGUAAAACAUACUAUGUUUCGUGUCAAGAAAUCAUGUCAUUUGUUGUUGCAGAUCGUGAAGGUGAAAGCAUUGGAGAGCAUCAAUCGCAUAGUAAUAGGAAAUCCAUCUCGCGUUCAUCUUCAGCUUCGAGUAUUUCUGGUAACAGAGCACCGUUUUUGAGUUAUAAUGAACCAAAGUCCUCAUCCUCAUCCAUGUAUGUACAUGAUGAAGCAUAUGGUACAACUACAGGACCAGAAACAGGGGGAGAACAUUCCCCGCUAUCCAUCAACGAAAGUGGAGACCAGAAAGACUUGCAGAGUCCAGAUGAAAAUCCAAAGCAACAUAAUCACAACGAUGAUUGGAUGGGGGGAAAUCCGGGGGAUCAAGUAUUCAAAAACUCCCUUUGCUUGAUAUGCAAAAAUCGAAGGCCGAAGAUCGGAUGGAUGAGAGACUUCACUUACGCAGAGCUCCAAGCUGCUACUGAAGGGUUCAAUGCUAAAAACUUCCUAUCGGAAGGCGGAUUUGGAUCCGUCUAUAGGGGAGAGAUCAAUGGAAUGAAGAUUGCAGUAAAGCAGCACAAGUACAAUGCAAGUCUCCAAGGUGAGAAAGAAUUCAAGUCUGAAGUUCACGUGCUUCGGACAGCGAGACAUGAGAACUUGGUCAUGCUGGUUGGUUCUUGCUCUGAAGGAAACCACAGGCUACUUGUCUAUGAAUAUGUCUGCAAUCGUUCACUUGACCUUCAUUUAUCAAGUAAGGAUUCAUUCAAGACAACCCUUUGGUUUUUUACUCUGUUUUUGUGCAAUGAAAUAUCUAAUCGAUGUAUGCAUGUAUGUAUUUCGUUUCUUGCUAAAUUGAUUGCAGAGCACUCAAGAAGACCUCUUAGUUGGCAAAAGAGGGUGAAGAUAGCACUGGGAACUGCUAAGGGCUUGAAAUAUUUGCAUGACAACAACAUCAUCCAUCGAGACAUGAGACCGAACAACAUCCUUGUAACCCACGAAUUCGAACCAUUGCUAGGAGAUUUUGGCUUGGCAAGAACUCAACAUGAAGACUCAGAUAAGUCAUCGGAGACAAUGACAAGAGUUGUCGGAACUUUAGGAUACUUGGCACCAGAAUACGCUGAAUGUGGCAAAGUGUCAACCAAGACAGAUGUUUAUUCUUUUGGAGUUGUGCUGUUGCAGCUAAUCACUGGAAUGAAGACCACAGACAAAAGACUUGGAGGGAAAAGCCUUGUUGGAUGGGCAAGACCACUACUGAAAGACAGGAACUACCCGGAUUUAAUUGACCAAAGGAUCCUCGAUAAGCAUGAUGUUCAUCAACUCUUUUGGAUGGUUCGAGUAGCCGAGAAGUGUCUCACCAAGGAUCCUCAGAAGAGAUUAUCAAUGGAUAAGGUUGUUUUUGCUUUAAACUACAUAACGGAUUGCGACAACUUCUGUGGCAUCGAAGAUUUCUCACCUGCACAAUCAGAUACUGUAAGCCAGGACUCAUAUGAUUCAGUGUCACAAUCUCCCUUUGAAGAUGAUUCAGUCUUCACCAUAGAAACUACAUCUGCAAAUAGCCUUAGUCUGUUUAAUGAAAGGCUUCCACCAUCGCCUCCAAUUUCGAGCAAAUCGAGUGCUUCCACCCUUUUCGGUGAAUCUGCAUCUAGCAGUGGGAGCAAUCAUGAAAGAUAUCUAUGAUGAUGGUCCAAUGUUUUAACCCUGUGAUGGUCGAUGCUUGUUGAUCAACUUCUGGUCAAUCAGUUUAUCUUGAAUUGGAUUCAUAUCGAGUUCCAUGAAGGAUUUGGGAAGUUUGAUAAGCAAUACUGCACCAUGCAAUGAAAAUUCAUCAUGUUCUUAGAUGAUGUUUGAAUGAUCACUGUCAAUUAGGACCCCCUUUUUUUCAUGGUUAUCAAGUAGGAAACAUGGAAUCAAAUCAUAUCAAAUUAAUCAUUCUCAAUGGAUAUCUAUUAACCAUCUUCAUCAGGGAUAGCUUUUAACUAA